UGGUAAUACAAUGCUUUGUACAAUGGCUAAUAGCACUAUGACCCACUAAGGAAAAAAAAAUCUGUUAAAUCAGAGCCAUUAAUUGCCUGUGUGACUAUUGGCUAAUAGCAGAAAAUCACGUGGUGAAAGCUUCUUUUUAAAGGCAUGAGUGAGGUUAGUAACAGAAGUGGUGAUUACAUUGAGGUUUGCAGGAAGGUGUUUAGAGUGUGUUAUAAGACAGUCCUUCACAAUGUGUGAACCAUUUUUGGGAACUUGGAAACUAAUUUCAAGUGAAAAGUUUGAUGACUACAUGAAGGAGCUGGGUGUGGGCUUUGCCACUAGGAAAAUAGCUGGAGUGGCCAAGCCCAAUAUAAUUAUCACCUGCAGUGGGGGUGUUAUAACCAUCAAGACCGAAAGCAGUUUCAAAAACACUGAGAUUUCCUUCAAACUAGAAGAAGAAUUUGACGAGACCACAGCAGAUGACAGAAAAGUAAAGAGUAUUGUGACACUAGACAAUGGCUCACUCAAUCAGGUGCAGAAAUGGGAUGGCAAAGAGACAACAAUAACAAGAAAAAUAGUGGAUGGUAAAAUGGUUGUGGAGUGUGUUAUGAACAAAACUGUCUCCACUAGAGUGUAUGAGAAAGCAUGAAAAAUCCAUGUUGUACAAAUUAGAGGUAUCUCAAAGCAAAAUAUGAAGUUUGAUUCAGGGAACAGACAGAGCCUGUUCUUCAGAAGCUGAAUUUGACAGGCCAAUCCCAAUUACUUUUGUACCUAUUUCAAAAACAUUAUGGUUAUUCAAUAAAGUGUUUAUCU